UGGGGUGAUGUUCAGCUUCCUCGUGGCUGGUUUCGCUUCCAUUUUGGCGGCCCUUUGUUACGCCGAACUGGCCGCUCGAGUACCGAAAGCGGGCAGCGCGUACGUCUACACUUACGUCGCCAUCGGCGAGUUUUGGGCCUUUAUCGUAGGAUGGAACCUUAUCUUGGAGCACAUGAUCGGCGCGGCGUUCGUGGCGAAAGCUUGGAGCGGAUACGUGCAUUCGUUGAGAGGCGGUGCGAUUAGCAAUUAUACUCGCGACGUGAUGGGUGAGCGGACCAUAGGAGAGCAGGGCUCCAACCCGGACGUCCUAGCUGGCGGAUUAUGUCUGGUUUACGCGAUGCUCUUGGGAGUAGGGGUGAAGACUUCGGCAACGGUCAACUCGUUGCUGACCAUCAUCAACCUCGCGGUGAUGGGUCUGUUCGUCGUUCUGGGCAUUUAUUACGCGGACAUUACAAACUGGAGCAGCGAGGACGGUGGUUAUCUACCAUAUGGUUUCGGCGGCGUAAUCACGGGUGCAGCAACGUGUUUCUACGCCUACGUCGGCUUCGACACGAUCGCGACUGCCGGAGAGGAGGCUCGCGAUCCAAGUCGGAGUAUCCCAUUGGCGACGAUGCUCUCGAUAGCGAUAGUAAUUGUUGUAUAUAUGCUGAUCAGCAGCGCCCUGACACUGGUCGUGCCGUAUUGGGAGAUUAAUGUUACCGCUCUGCCGGAAGCCUUUUCGUCCAGGGGUAUCCCGUGGGCUAAAUAUGUGAUAAGCGUGGGUGCCCUUUGCGGAAUGACGACGACUCUUUCCGGAACCCUCAGUGAAUUGUCCCCCUCGGUGUGCCCUCUCAAAGUAAGUGGAGGGCUUAGUGCUUUAAUCGCUCUGAUGUUCGAUCUUAAACAUCUGGUGGAGUCUAUGUCGAUGGCGACUCUGCUCGCGUACAGUAUCGUGGCGAUUAGCAUUAUCCUGCUGAGGUAUCUGCCCAAGCACGAGCAAUCGUCCGGUCCAUCCGAGCAUCAGUUGUCCAGAGUUGGUAGGCACAGCAGUGGCUGUUCCUCGCCACCUACGGAGGAAGCGGACUCCAGCAGCAUCGCGUCUAAGUCCGAACUGCGGUGCGAUGGAUCUAGCAAAUUCAAGCCGCGAUACGCCUGGAUGGAACACUGGCUAUGGCUGCAGAAUUGCGGUACUUGUCACAUGAGACCUCUCAUAUGCGCUUGUUUGAUUAUUUACACGACAAGCUGCGGCUUCCUCAGUACUUUUAUGAUAAUAGCGUUUGAAACGUCAGUUUCGUUCACGAAGAGCGGUUACCUUUUUGCAGCGAGUUUUCUUCUGCUACCCAUCGCGAGUCUUUUCGUAAUUGCCGCUCACAAACAAAAUCCACCCACCGGGAAAUUCCAAAUACCGCUGAUGCCCUUGAUACCAGCGUUAAGCAUUCUCUUCAACGUCGUUCUGAUAAUGCACCUGUCUGCAAGGACGUGGGGAUGGUUUUUCAUAUGGAUGAUAUUCAUGGUGGUGGAAUACUUUCUAUAUAAAAAAGACGUCACUCCGCUAAACUCACAUUCCGGUUUGAUGGCCACCGCAGAAGCCGAGAAAGGCACAAAGUGGGGAUCUACGUUACAAGUUAACCCGAAAAGUGACAAGUCACCUAUUCCGAGCGUCCAAGAACUUGUUGACUAGAAAUAAGUUAUACAUUUUUAUCAAUUGUUUUCCUUAUCAAGCUCGCCGGUGGAGCCGUGGAAAUGGCUUAAAUUUUAAAAAUAAAAAACGUUUGAGCUGUCAACAACGAAAUAUUCGUACGUAAGACUGUAUGCAAUGCGAAUUAUAACGCAGUUUAGUGCAACGGAAUACAGAACAACAUAUUUAAUCUUUAACUUUUAUUAGUUUUAAUGCGGUUAACGCACAAUUAAUGCGCUCAGCUAUUUAAAUGACACAAUGUGUUUUAUAUGUAUUUAUUUUUCGAUUAUAUUCGUCACACUUGUUACUUCGGCGGCUCCACUUUACAUGUUGCUUGAAAUUCAAAGUUUAUUGAAUAUAUUUUGUAAAUAUUUUUCCUUUAGAAGACCUUUUUAACUUAUGCAUUUUGAACUCCUCGAGAAAGUUUUUGUCUGGUACAAAAAAUCUAUUUUCGUACUUAGCUUUAUCUUGUUCGACAGCGAUUCCAUAUGAAUUUUAAGCUCGUACUUUUACUUCUUAGCACGAUCAACGAAACAUUAUCGUUCUUUCCUGUCUAAAUGGCUAUUAUUAUGGCUAUUACACAAUCGCAAGAUUAAGCGAUAUGUGUUUUACGAAACAUUGUGUUUCGUGUUGCAACGAAUUCGGAGAGAAAUGUAACUUAUUUUAUAUUGUUAGUUUAUUUAUUAUAUAUUUUAUUACGUACAAAUUCGAUCAACGGGAACUUAUCAUUUCUUAUUUCGUAUAUUUCGUAUAUUUUAAUACAAGUAUCGAUUAAGAAUACGAUAGCAAGGAAACAUAUUUUCUUUCUGUUGUCAUGACAUGAAUGUGACUAAUCUGUCUCGUUAUCAAUAAUAUUUAAAUUUAAUAAAUAAUAAUUUUGUAUCUUGAUUUGGCAUAAAUUUACGUUCGUGCAAUCGAAUUUAGAAUUGUUUCUUGGGAACGGAUAGAUCUAAUGAUUUAUGAAUCAUUUAUGAAUCUCACAAUAGACUCAUUCUUAUUACAAUUGUGUGAGUUAAGAAUAAUUUAUAUAUACGUUAAAAAUGGAUAUUAUUUGUUCUCUUGAUUCAGUCGAUGUAUGAAAUAGUUAAGCCGCAAAGGAUAAUUAGAGCGUAACACGCUUCGCGAGAAAGAUUUAUUCUGAUACCAAAAAUAAUAUCUAUUUACGUAAUAAUGCAUUAUCGUUUGCAAUCUAUAAUUUGUGUGUAUUGUAUACACACGUAUUGUGCAUGACAAUAUAACGUAAUAUCGAUGUAUUAAACGAUA